AUGCAUAUCAUGUAUCUGACAGCCGUAGCUUUCACCGUCUCCAUCCUAUCAUCUGAUGCUUCAGCUGCGAAAGAUCUCCGAGGUAGGGCUGGCUUUCAUCCGCCGAAACAGAACUCAAGCACCAAGCUUUUGCGCUAUACUGAUGCUGUUGAUAUCGUCGACGAGGAGAGAGCGCCGAUCUUGGAACACUUUAAGACGCUGUUCAAGUCCUCAAAGGUAACUCCAGAAAGGCUUCAGCAUUGGCUAGACACGGGAUUACCUGCGGAAACAGUGUUCAGGAACAUGAAACUUGACAGAGAAAACGCCUUCUCUCUGUUUCACGACCCCAAGUUUGCUAAGUGGGUCCAGUAUGCUGACGACUUGAGUGCCAAGUCAUCUCAUAAACAAGAUUCAGCUAUCUCCACCCUGGCAACAAAAUUCGACGACGAAGCUCUUUAUGAGAUGAUUCAAGCAGCAAAAGACUAUCCAAACUUGAGAGAGCUUGCCUUACGACUCUAA